GCUGGUGAAGAUCUCCGCCGAGCAGCUUAACAACAACACCAACAGUCCAGCCCUCUCCUGCGAGUAUUGUCCUAACCUCGUUUUUAAGAAAACUGCUGAUUUUGUCAAGUGCAUCGAAGCGGGUUUCUUCGCCAGAUAAUUAAUUAUCAAGACACUUGCGAGACUCCCACUGUUCAAAAGAAGGUGGCUCGUUCGUCUGCCACUAUGGCUACAACUCAGUGUGUUCGAGCCUGCCACUGGAGGGAGUAUCGGACAGCGAUUACAUAGCCCACGCAGGAAAGCACGCGGUGAUGCAGCAGAGUGCCCUGAAGAACGGAGUAUCACCAUCGGGAAACUACGCGCAGAUAACGGGGAUGUCAAAGCCAACGUGGACAGUAUAUUCCGCGGCAGCUAACCUCCCGGCAGUCUUGAACGACCCAAAAAAAGGGAAGCAGGGGAACUUCCUGACCAAGACCUGGGGCGACGGAUUCACAGAGCACGUCAACAUCCCCAAGAGCCAGUACCUUCCUCCAGAUGUCACUAUCAACUACUUCGACGGGUACUUGAAAAAAAUCGGCAGGAGGUACCGGCGACACUCCACCAGGUCCCAGACCUCGAUUAACUCGAGCUCGUCGACCUCGUGUCAGGAGAGGGAGGAGUUUGACUUCUCGAGCAUUCCCAGUAUUUUUAGGAACCCCAAUUUGGAACUGUCUAGUCGCGACACUUUUGAGAGUGUCUUUCCCUUCACUAAAGACGGCUUGCUAGCGAAGACCGAAGUUUCUACCAAUGAUGUCAUGCUUCAGGUCAGGUGCUACCAGGAGAAGUUCAGCCACUACCUGGACAUCGUUGAAGUGAGGAUCGCUGAGCAGGUCGCCAGCAAGUCUCAGGCUUUCUUCCAGGCGAUGACGUCCCAUGAUGUCUUGAUGGAGCAGCUCACGCAGACUAUCAAUAUCUGCAAGGCUUUGAGGAGGAAUAUCAAAGACAUUAAUAAGAAUUUUGUUGUUGAUUCUUUGAAUCUUUUGAGGCUAGAAAGAGCGCGAUCAAAUAGACUUCAGGUUUACGAAAAACUAAAACUUAUAGCGACUGUUCAUCAGAGCCAGCCAAUGAUCCAGUUGCUUCUUUCGACGCCCGAUUACGUCGCAGCACUUGACCUAAUAUCAACGACCCAAGAAAUCCUGCACCAGGAACUCAACGGUAUUCAGAGCUUCCGACACUUGAGUUCCCAGUUGACUGAAAUGGAGAAGCUGGUCGACAAGAUGCUUUUCACCGAGUUCCAAAGGUACUCGACUGCCGAUCUGAACCGACCACUCAUCGCUGACUAUUCUGUUCUGGAUGCUGAUAAAUUGGUGUCAAUAAUAUCGGGACUGCUGAGACAGAAGCACUUUCAAUUCAUUGAUACUUACAAGGAAGAAAGCAUUACGACAAUCCGUGCUGUGACCAAGCAACGUAUUAUUGAAGCACUAGCUGCCAGUGAUUGUUGUAGUGAUCAACAAGCUGCUGCGCUAGAGGUCACUGGUUUGUCGUUGACUGAACGGUUGACCUUAUUAUCGAGUACUAUUCAAUCUUUGACUAGUUUGUUGAUGCGGAUUAAGGCUGUGUACGAAGUAAUGAGUGAAACAGCAUCUUUAUCCAGUGAUAAUGUAGAUAGAAAUAAUAUAGAUAAAUUAUUAAUAACCGAGGAAUACUUACGGGUUAAGAAUAAGCUUAAUGAUAUGUUAUCAACAAUAUGUGAUUAUUGUCAUGAACGACUGGCGAGUCAACUACUUUCACCUUCGGUGUCGGCAAAUAAUGACCGAGAGAAGAAUAUAAAUGAGUCUAACAAAGAAGCUACUGUAGUUAAUAGCAACAAUAAGUUCAACAGCGACAAAGAGGCAAUUUCGAUACUCAAAGAUGACAAUUCAUGGCUGAGUGACCGUGGCGCCACUGUCGCUCAGGUUUGCCAACUGGCGAGUAUCAUAGACGAAUUUACCGACACCUGUGAAUUGAUAUGCGGUAAACAGUGUACUGCGCUUCGUUCUGCCUUUAAAAUACAUGCCAGUAAAUUUGUACAGAGGUUCCAUAAUGAAAGGAAACAAAAACUUAGUCAACUCCUAGAUACCGAAAUGUGGAAGCAGGCUGAUAUUCCACGAGACUUUCAGAUAUUAAUAGAUCGCGUUCAUCAGUUUAAAAAAUUUCCCAAAGAAUUAUUGUCUGUAAAAAUUAAUAGUAAUAAUAUUAACGAUUGUCCUAGUGGACUUAGUGAUGUAAAAAAUUUUUUAACUAUCGAUAAUGAACAAUUUGCUGUUGUUAGUUCUGUUAUUAUGCUUGUACAAAUGAUUGAUGAGUAUUGUUGUAUAGCUACUGAAUUGCAAGUCUUGUCUGGAAGUAUAGGACGUUAUUUAGCAGAGUUACUUCGUCAUUACAAUUCGCGGUGUUGCCAAUUGGUGCUAGGCGCUGGUGCGAUGCAAGCCGCGGGAUUGAAGACUAUUACCAGCACCAUUUUAGUGCUUGCCAGUCGUAGCUUGAAGCUUUUAUUGUGGUGUAUGCCAUUUGUUAAGUCACAUUUCCAAGAAUUAGCAAAUUCUACCCGCGGGCCAGGUUUAGGAGGAACUGUCGGAGGAACAGGUGGGGUGGCGCUGCUGGAUAGCGUGGAACGUGAUGUGCGCGCGCACAUUAGAGAAAUAGAGGGCAAGAUCUUGACGAUUGUUGACAAUUUAGUAGGUGGACAGAUAUCUAUCUGGGACGCGCGUCCUCCAGUCCCCUCACAGUCAUUCCGCAAUAUUUCCAGACACCUAGUGAAAUUACACGAAGCAGUUUCCGGAAUAUUGCCAGCAGCUGACGUCCAGUCGCUCUACCGGACGGUAAACAGCUCCUUUAAGGAGAAACUACGGGAACAAUUAUUCAAAAUGAACAUUGUAAAUAACGGCGGGCCCCAACACGGGGUCGUGAUUUCUGAGCUGACCUUUUAUCUUGAGGCACUAAGAAACCUUAAGGUCCUGCCUUACGACGAGCUAAGCGACGAUUGGAUGGCAGACAUUUGGACCAGAUAACAUGCAGAGCGUGUUAUUUACUGCCUCCUGGAUGCCAUGCACCAACAUUACCGUGGAACUUGAUUCACUAUGAAGAUGAAGACUUUACAACUUUUUUAUUCCACGUUUUUAAUUAUUUAUUUGUACUGUAUAAUGUAAAUUUUCAUGUGUACAAUUUAACGGGGUAUUGACAAUAUCGCGUUAUUUGUUAUCAACGUAUUUAUUAAUUAAAUGCCUGAUUGAAUUUA